GGAGGCGAGGCGGGAGCGCUGCACUCGGUCAGAUUGAGCGCCGCUGCUGAGGAACGACUGAGAGAGGCUUUUCUUUUUUUUGUUAACCCUACCCCCGCCCUUCCUUCACAUUUUUUUCCCCUCAAAAUUUCACACACUCCACCUCGGUCCACCCCCACCCCUCCUCCCCUCCCAACUCUCUCUAUCUCCAAAUUCAAACCCAGUCGGAAGGACACGGGCGCCUGAAGCCGCAGUGGUUUGUCAAAUUGCACAGCGGCAGCAGCGGGCGGGAUGGAGGCGCUCCGAGCCGCUGCUCUGCUCCUCUGCUCGGUCACCUGUUGCUGCUGGUGGGAUUUACAGGGCGUGGAGCCUGCAGCGCUGUCCCCGGCUCCCAGCUCCUCCUCCCCUGGGACCGGGCUCAGCGGUAGCGGCGGCGGCGGCCCGGGGCCCCACGCGGAUGCCCGGGCGAGGAAGCCGCUACUGAUGAAGGAGAGCGGUCCGCCCUCUGCCCGGGGCCGCCGCCGCCGCCGCCGAGCUCACAGCGUGAUCCCUCACCACUUCAUGAUGUCCGUCUACACGGCUCACUCGGCAGCCGAGAGACUCGGAAUCAACGCCAGCCUCCUCCGGGCCGCCAGGUCUGCAGCUAACACCAUCACCGGCUUCGUGGAUAGAGCUGAAGACGAUGUCUUGCAUUCACAUUUAAGGCGGCAAAAAUACUUGUUCGAUGUCGCAGCGUUGUCGAGCAAAGAGGAAUUAGUCGGGGCCGAAUUGAGGUUACUGAGAAAAACGCCGGAGCAUUUUCGACAGACGCUGUCUGGUCUCUACGACUUCAAACUGUACUCCUGCCUCAGCGAGGGACAACAGUCCAAAUUACUGCAGUCCCGCACGCUUCACAUUCACCAGUCCAGUGCACAAGGAUGGGAGGUGUUUGAUGUCUGGGAAAUAUUUCAGUUUCUCCGCUCUGCCCAGUUAUGUUUUGAAUUGAAGGUGACAUCCAGCCAGAGCGAACGGGAUGUUGACCUGAGGCAACUCGGGUUCGGGCGGAAGGAGAGAACGCCCCAAGAAAGAGCUCUGCUGGUGGUUUUCACUCGAACUCGGAAAAGAGAGAAUCUCUUCAGCGAGAUGAAAGAGAAAAUCAAAUCCUCAGAGGUCUCCGCCGACGAAGAAGGCGAACGCCAGUUCAAAGCCAGGAGGAGGAGGAGGAGGAGACGAACCGCCUUUACAAACCGCCAUGGGAAGCGGCACGGCAAGAAGGCCAAGUCCCGAUGUAGUAAAAAACCUCUCCAUGUGAACUUCAAAGAGUUAGGUUGGGAUGACUGGAUAAUAGCUCCCUUGGACUAUGAAGCUUAUCACUGCGAGGGAGUGUGUGACUUCCCGCUCAGAUCCCACCUCGAACCCACCAACCAUGCGAUUAUCCAAACGCUCAUGAACUCGAUGGACCCGAACUCCACGCCUCCGAGUUGCUGCGUCCCCACCAAACUGAGCCCCAUCAGCAUCCUGUACAUCGAUGCGGGCAAUAAUGUUGUCUAUAAGCAGUACGAGGACAUGGUCGUAGAGUCAUGCGGCUGCAGGUAGCAGAGAGGCCAUAAUUCCGGGAGGAGCGAGCCUCCCGACUGUAGUAUUUGAGGAGAGCGCGGGGCUGGUCGCUUGGUGGAGCAUAGCCGCUAUUUAACAUGUUCUCAAAUAGCUGUGGCUCGGCUCCCAGUGCUCGCGAAUAAAACAUCAGGGGAAGGGAGAGAGAAAGAGAAGGCGAGAGGGGAAAACAGUCUAGAAUGUUCUCUGUAAUUUAUUCCUAUACCGUCAUUUAGUGGAUAUGAGACCGAUAUUUUAAUACACUACCUUCAAUUUACCUGUAAGGAGAUAUUAACCCCUCUGCACCAAGAUAUUAUCACACACUAUAAGGUGUCAUAUUACCAGCAAGAAUAGGGGCUACAUUACUGGCAGAGACGGACGGGUUGGCAGAAACGUCCUUCAAAUCUGCGCCAACCAGUUAGUGCUGGUCGCAGCAAUUGCAGAGGCGAUCAUCAUUAGUACUUCCACACGUAUUUGAUUCCAGUCCACUGGAACUGUGAUGGCCUGGCGCAUUUCGCAUUUAGUUCGCCCCAACUUUUAUUGAAUAAUGUCAGUGCAAGUUGGUGAAGGGUCAUUCAGUGCGAUUGGAGGUUGGGGAUGAUGGGGAGCAGUGGAAGAUGACACAUGCGCCCACCCCCAUCCCCACUAGACCCCUCUGGAUGUUGCCAGUCUUAUGUGGAUGGAGGAGAGCUAGAGGGAGGAUAUACUCGCUCAGUCCCCAAUCGCGGUUUAAAGCAAGGUGGUCCCUGCUGAAAAAAACGGGUGAGGAGUGGGGGCUGGGGUGGGGGGUGGGCGACGGUGCAGGGAGAUGGGGAACACAUUGAGACCAAUUCCCUUCCUGGGCUGGCAUGCGGAUAGUAAUGCGACCUGCCAGCACAAGGCAAAACUGAAGAAACUUUCUGUUCCCUUUUCGCCCCGAUUAUCUGCUGAUCUCGAUCGCCUUUUGAAAGGUGAGGGUAAUUUACCAAACCCACACACACACACACACACACAAAGUUGAAGGUAACGAAAGGAGAGAUUGGCUCCGCUCCCCCAGGUUUCUUGUUAAAGAAGAUUUUUCCCUCCUUCUGACAUUCCGACGAGAUUACCAGCCAGAAAGAGCCGUCGGCCAAAAAGGAAUUGUUGCAGAUUGUAAUUACAUCGAUGGUGGAAUCUAAGCUGCCUGGUGUGAUUAAAUACUGCAAAAAAAGUAGUAGUGGGGGUUGAGGUGGAGGACAAAUUCUGGAAAUGACCAAAAUGCAUUUGCUGUCCUUGAUAAAGCAACAGCUAAAAAAAAAUACAAUGGGCUCGGUGGGUAUUUCACCAGCUAUAGACAAUACAGUAUUUACAAAUUUAACCUGGGAAGAAGCAAACACUUGUACAAAUAGUUACCUUCCGCCGGCGAUCGCAAUGGGAAAACAUUCGGAGAGCCUUGCUUUGCUUGAAUUAGGAUUAAAAAAAACACAAGUGCACUUCUGUCCAUUAGUAAGGUUUUGCUCAGUUGAGUCACCACUUGCUUGGUAACCUCCCCCACCGGUUGCAAACUGGAAAUUGGCCGGAUUGCACGAUUCCACAAGUAGGAGGUGGGGGGAAUAAUUGACCCCAGGACCGUAUGUAUAAAAAAAUGCACAUUAGCUUUAAUGCACUGUUGUUCAUAUGUUGUGUUGUACAUAUUUGUGUAUUUAAACGAGACUUUAAUGUGCAAAAUGGAGAAGUUAACAAUUACAUUAAGUCUAAAAAAUGUAUAGUUCUUUGUAUGCACUCUGAAUUUUGUGAUAUUUCUAAUAUUUUUAAAAUAAUAAUAUUUGAACUGUACAGGGUUUUAAACGCCAAUCAAACAUUUGCCUCACAUCCCGGUCUAAAAAUCAUAAAUAAUAAUGUUUAAUUCUUGUUGUGCCCAAGAUAGAGAGACGCCUUUCAUUGUCUACCUCAGAUUAUGUUACAAUGUUUUGAAUUUGAUAGAAAUUUGGCAAAUUCACUUAAAUUUUUUCCGAUAAUCUGGCGUAAAUAGAUUUUGUUCAUACUGUUAUAUUCUCACUAUUGCUGUAUCAUUAAAUUUUAAUUGGA